AUGGAUGCCCCACGCGAUGCCCAGUGGAAGGAGGAGGUGAGGAAGCGCCAGCAGCGACACCUGCCCGAACUAAAAGACGAGAAGCACCAGAAGCUCUUCUUCUUCACCAGCUACACGCCCUCACCCGAGCUCGCCGCGGCUGCCAUAGAAGAAGUUGCCACGAGCGCCCAGCGCCGGCCGCAGCCCCAAGAGCCGCAGCGGAUCGACGCGCGGGGGCGAAGUAGCAGCGCAGAGGUCAUGGCAGUUUCGACCACGCCUCGGCCGUGGGCCUUCAAGGACCAGAGCCUCGACGAACAUCAAGCCAAGGCCCUCGCCCGCUACACGCGUCGUCUACAUUCGGGCCGACCUGGCCGCAUCGCGUAA